AUGAGUGAGAGUAGCCCAAAGGCAUGUCCGAGGUGGCAAGAGAUCAUAAGGAAAGCUGUCAGAGAGGGGCCGCCAGGAGUAGGCCACUAUUCCCUCGCGACGGCGGUGUAUGAUGCUACCACUCAGCGAAUCACACCCUUCAAUCGUACUGUGGGGCAUCGAUGCUUUCUCAAUGAGCCAAUAGAGGGUGUUGGGUCAGAGGGAGGGGACUACGUUGACGAGCGCUUCGGAUCAACUUCGACUAUGCUGUUCACUACCGAUGCGAGAUCUCAGAAAGUCAGGGAGGCAAUGCAGAGUAGCGGUGCGGCUGUUGUGUGGUACUUUCCGAACAAGCAGCUGCAAGCACGGCUCACAGGAUCUCUGUACGUCCUAGCCCAUCCCGACCACCCCUCGGUCGACCUCUUCCCGGGUUCAGAGCUCAAGCCCCCUCCGCUCUCGGCCAAGGACGAGACUGCCGUAUUCGAUUGGCAGCGCGUCCGUCUAGGUCUGUUCAAGUGCCUUUCACCGUCCCUCUUCGCUGCUCUGUACCGACCGGAACCAGGCUCACUCCACCCUCACAACAAUGAGCUCGUAGCUGCAGACAGCUGGCCCGGUAAGAACGAACAUGCCAGCUUGAGCGAUAGAGAGCGUCCGUGGGAAGUCAGCGUGGACCGUAAGGAGCUCGAGAAGCGCUUGGGGGAGGGGGAGCUCAAGAGUCUGGUCGACGCAGCGGAACGGAAGUGA